GGUCUCAGUCACCAACUCCGGGAGCGCGAGCCGGCAGAGGCGCCCGCAGCCCCGGAGCAGGCGAUGCAGACGCCGCCGGCGGCACCUGCGGCUCCUCUCGGCGGCGACCGUCGCCUCGGCGGCAGCCUCGCGGCAACUUUUUGCGGAUUGGUCUUCCCCGCAGGCUUCGCGCUGCAAAUCCAGUGUUACCAGUGUGAAGAAUUCCAACUGAACAAUGACUGCUCAUCUCCGGAGUUCAUUGUGAAUUGCACGGUGAACGUUCAAGACAUGUGUCAGAAAGAAGUGAUGGAGCAAAGUGCCGGAAUCCUGUACCGCAAGUCCUGCGCGUCAUCCGCAGCCUGCCUCAUCGCCUCGGCCGGGUACCAGUCCUUCUGCUCCCCAGGGAAGCUGAACUCCGUGUGCAUCAGCUGCUGCAACACGCCGCUCUGCAACGGGCCCCGGCCCAAGAAAAGGGGCAAUUCGGCCACAGCCCUGAGCCCGGCGCUCCCCACCAUGGCCCUGCUCCUCAAACUAGCCCACCUCUUGGCACGCUGCUGAAGGAGCCCCCGGCUGCGCCUGUGUUGCUCUCCUGCGGCCCCCUCCUUCUUCUGGGGUCCCUGCCUUCUGGGUAAGGGGGGCUAGUCCAUGUCCUCUUUUUUUGGUGGUGUUCCCUUGCAAAUAACGAAAGAGCUCGGGGUCAAACAUUUUUGUCAGCUCGGAAUCAAUUCCCUCUGGCUGAAUUUUCAGUGUGUGCUUGAAGGACGGGGUCGCAGUUGAAGCCCCCCCUGCACGCCGAGGCAUCCGAGCCCAGGCUGAAAUCCGCUCUCAGAAGACACCUGCCUUGGCCUUGACCCCUGCUUCUGACCCAGCUGGGGCGCACUGGGGCUCGUUGAUGCAGGGCUCCCGGGGACCGCGCUCCGCGGGACAAUCGGCGUCCGCGCCCAUGUCCGAGUUUGGCUCUGCUGAAGCGAGGCUCACCUGUGCGGGCUCGUGGCCAGCCGGCUCGGCACCCUGGAAAGUGCUUAAGAACACCUUGGUGGGGGGCUUCCUUGCGGACGAGUGUCGCCAGGAGGCGCGGAAGAUCAGGCGGCGGGAGGAGCGGGUGCUGUCCAGCGGGGCGCGCAGCCACUUGUCGCGGUUGGCGUGCUGCAGCGUCAGGCGACAGCACAGCACCUGCCAGAAGACGCUGCGGAACUGCUGCGAGGACACGUUGUACAGCAGCGGGUUGACCACGGAGCUGAGGUAGAAGAAGGUGUCCGAGAAGGGCAGCAGGAUCAUGUACGCGCGGAAGUAGGCCCUGGUCCAGUCGUGCUUGGGUUUAGCAGCAGCCAGGAUCCUGCGAAUCUGGUUUGGCAUCCAGCACACGGCUAAUGUCACCACGAUCAGCCCUGAGCAG